UGCACUGCGAAGGAACAUGGCCGACUCUUGCCUAGGAGUGCUAUCCACACGAGAAUGAAUGUGCUGUUUCCGUGUCACAUCAGAUGACAUUCCUUAAAAAAUAAUCUGAGAUCUUAGUCUGACAAGUUACUCUGACAGAGUAUGUGUUUGUAAUCGCGCUGUGAGGAGCCGACGAGUCCCUGCGAUCAUUUCCGGAGCACCUUCCUGUGACAGCUGACCAGAGCCAAGAUGGCAGGAGUCGUAGCCAAGCGUGAGGGACCACAGUUCAUCAGUGAAGUAGCUGUGAGGGGAAACGCAGCAGUGCUGGACUACUGCCGCACCUCUGUAUCCGCCCUCUCUGGAGCAACGGCUGGCAUCCUCGGGCUGACUGGACUGUACGGCUUCAUUUUUUAUUUCCUAGCCUCUUUCCUCCUUUCUCUGCUGCUCAUUCUCAAGGCCGGGCGGCGGUGGAACAAAUGCUUCAAAUCGCGGCGGCUGCUCUUCACCGGGGGCCUUGUCGGAGGUCUUUUCACUUAUGUCCUGUUCUGGACUUUCCUGUACGGAAUGGUGCAUGUGUACUAAAAAGAUCUACCACAGAUAUCCCUGAAUUAAUCCCAUCUAAUGCUAAACCAAUAGUAAUGUCUGCCCUGCUGUUUGUAGAUAAGCCUUUAGAAGACUUCUUCCAUUAAGAACUGAUGAUUAAACGGAGGGUGUAUCAGUAAUAGUAUGCAGAAUAAACUGUUCUCUUAUCCUUCCUGCUCCACGUUUAACUGUUUAACCUGUAACUCCCAAUCUGUGCUCACCAUCAUCCAUACAAGGAGAAGAGCCACAGUUAUGAUAAUGUAGGUUGUAGUGCAGCAGAGAUCAAAACUGCUAACAUCCUGACAAGGUGAAAGCACUUUGCAUUUCAUGUACAAUACUAUGGUUAAUUUAUAACAAAUCUGAUUACUGAUUGAAAUAAAUACCUCUUUACAAUGUG